GAAUGUGUGCUUGGAUUCAGAGAGUUUUCUAUCUGAAGGACAGAGCAUCUAUGGAUGAUGGGGGUGCCAUGGUUGCUAGCACUGGAACUUGUCCUAUAUGCUGGAUCGUUCAUGUGUGGAGUGAUAACAGUUGCCUCGGUCACCAUCACACAGGGUCACUUUGCAGGACAGUGCAUCCUCUAUGGGAGUAUCUGCUUCAACAUAUCUGACCAAUCUUUGACAAUUGAAAGCUCCAGUUCUCCCUCAGUCUGCUAUUUUGUGUCAUCCAUCUCCAUGUGUGUGGCCAUUUAUUGUUUUUCCCUAAUCCUCUACUGGAUCUAUGCAAGCGUUGUCAACGAUUAUGUGUCUGUCAGGAGAAGUGUGUGGCUCAGUGUGUCUCUGUGGAUGUGUGGACUCCUCCUACUUUUUCUCUUGAUGUCAGGGUGUAUUUUGAAGAUUGGUAGAGACAACCUGUGUCUCUCUGUCCUUCACAACAACUCCUCCUUCAGCAGUUGUAAGGACGCACAGAAUAUGACAUGGUCGAAUCCCUAUAUAGGAAGUGAAUUUUACGUACAACUGUACAGUGCUGAGAAAUCCGUGUGGGUGAGUUUCUUCUUCUGGCUGUUAGUUGUGGCAGUUGUGGUGGUGCAGAGACGGCAGGCCCUUAAUGAAGAGGGCCAAUGGAGCUGUGAUGAAACCGAGCCUUUCCUCCACCGCCGGGCUCAAGUUCUGUGAACCUCACCACACACUAACACUUCAACAUGUGGCAUAGAACAUUGAUGACUGACUAGAGGACAUGUCCAAGAGAAAUUGUGAGAACUGAUAAUUGUGAAAUAACUGAUAACCCUAUUUGUAUUUGUAUUUGUAUUUGAUGAAUUUGUCAAAUAUUUUGUUAAAAAUCUCAUAUGAACUAGUGAAAAUGAGCAUUAUCCUAGAUAUGUCCAAGCAAAUGUAAUUGUUGUCACAAUUUUUAUCUUUAAAGAUUGUAAGGAUAUACUUAUCUAAAUACUAUAUUAACCAAACUAGUUUACACCACUAAGGGUUUCUGAGGUACAUUGUGACAGUGAAAUGAUUUAACCUCCAAACAUCUUUUUUGGUUUUGCUAAGCAUUUAGAUUUCUUGCCAGAAACUAUUGAAAUAAUUGAAGACUAAGUAAGGAGUGUAACAUUCACAACCAGUUAUACGUUGCAGUUUGUAAUUUUCAGAGCCCGCACCUGCCUGCAAGUUGAUUUGUAAUCGCAGUUAAAAUCAUUAACAAGAAUUUCCCCAUU